AUGAUUUCCUCCAACACGAGGGCGUCGCGGUCGCGCUUCUCAAGCCCUUCGCGGCCGCUCGAGGCCAAGAGCUCGGCGGGCAAUGAUUCCAAGACGUUUAUGCAGCGGUGGCUGGAGCCAUCGGUCCAGAGCAAGGCCAGCUUCGAGGAGGCGGGAUUGAUGCGGUACGGUGUGCUGGAGACCAUGGCGCCGCUGGGGACGCUGCCCAAGCCCAAGAAGACGGAAAACGCUGGACCAGGCCACCAGUCUGUGCGGAAAAUCAUUCUCAGGCCCUCGGGGACGUCACACGCCGCAAACCAUCACGACGACCAGGCCGCGCCGCCCAGGACCAGACCCAGGGCGCCAUCUUCCCCCGCUCCUUCGACACCGCCUCCUCCCGCGUCAGCACCAUCGCACAGGAGGCUACAGGCCGCCAAAGACGCCGAGGACGAAGAAUACGACCCCAAGGGGGCUGCGCGUCGACGACCAUCACGGCGCGUGUCGGUGCCAGCCAAGCCGCCGCGGCAGCACGCGAACCCGGACGAAGGCAAGAAGACUACUACCGUUGUCAUCACUACGCCAAAGGCCAAGCUGGCAGCAGCAGCUACUCCAAAGAAAGAGCCCCGACGGGAGCCCGAGGAUAGGGAUUUCGCCGACAAGGUCGUGGAGGCAGCCGUCGACGAAGCACUCAUGCACUACCGCUAUCCUACGGCUUGGGCCCUCAGGUCACUCUACGAUGAACGAUGCGGCGAUUCUGAAUUUGUGGCCAUGGUGGAGGACGUCUUCAAGCAGACAGCCGACGCCGAGACCAUGGAUGAAUUCGCCCGGCUCAUUGAAGUCAAGAAGCGCGAGGGAAAGAAGGACGAUCAGGGCUGUUACUACUUCGUGCCUCCUUCUACUAAUAGCAGAUUUACUCCACACAAGCCAAAGCCAGCUCCCUAUGCCAGACUUCUGAUCCAUCACGCCGACGACGACGAAAAGGGUGAGAUGCGGGCGGCCAAGAGGAGCAAGACGUCGCACGCCGGCGAGACGUCACGCAGCAAGAAGAUGGCUCACGGCAUCAAAUCGCAUGGCGACAGCAUCCGCACGCCAUCGCGCAGGCGUCACCGGCGGGACUCGGGGUCUAGCGAGUCAUCCCUGUCGUCAGCAAUGAGCCUCUCGUCGCCGGAAGCCAGCGUCCACAGCCUCAGCCCGAGCCUCCAGCACGGCCCUGGAAAAGCUGGCAAGGCUGGCAAAGCAGGCAAGGCAGCGCACGCUCGUACUGCUAGCGGUGGUGGUAACGCUGGUAGUGGUGGUGGUGGUGCCACGGUCGCUGACACUGUGAUUGCUGCUGCGUCGACUACGGGGGACCGGUCCCAGUCGUCCCAUGAUGCGCCAAAAUCUCGGCCAAUCACCAGCACGCGCCGCAAAUCUCUCGCCUCCGACAAGCAGCCCGUGUCCAACUCUUCGGAGCCAAACUCUCCCACACUUCCGAGCCGCACCCACACAUCCGCGACCGAUGCCAGUAUGCCUGGCAGGGUCACCGGCUCUGAGUUGUUGCUCUCCAACCCUCCCAGCAAAGCUGCUGCCGGCAACGCCAAGUCGGUCUGCCACAAGGACAAGGACGGCGCCAGCGCUGUCGGGGCUCAAAUGCCUGCAGAUGAUGACGACUUGUUUUGGACUCGGCGUCGCGAUGCUCAAAAGGUCACCAACGGCUAUACGGCCAGGGAGAGUUCAGUUCGGAAUGGCGACGAGGAUGAGCGCGACGGGGUGACUCCUGCAAAGAGGACGAGGAGGACGCGGAACUCCCUGGCGGCUCCCAUCAGCACGCGGUCAACGCGAUCAGCAAGCAAGCGGCCAAGCAGCCACAACAACAACAACACUGAUGAUGUUGACGUUGCCGUCUCAUCACCAGUGGCCUUUUCAUUCAAUGAAGGCAGUUCAACUGUUGGAUCUCGUGCCGUGACGCCAACUGCCCUGCGUCCGACAAAGAAGCCGAGGACAGGUCUCCGUAUCAAGUUGUCGCCGAUGAAAAAGAAAGGCGGUACUGCUGCUGGUGUUCCUCGCUCAAUGGGAGAGGCACAAUCCGUAACGGUAAGCAAUGGUGCACCAAGAGACCAGGGAUCCGAUAACGAUGAGUACUGCUCUGCAUGUGGUAAUACAGGGGAUGUCGUCUGCUGCGAUGGCUGCCCACGCUCAUUCCACUUUGAGUGCGUGGAUAUGGUGCAGUCUGACCAUCUCCCUGAUGAAUGGUACUGCAACGAAUGCCUUGUCCGGCGGUAUCCAUCACGUGUGCCCGUCUAUAAGGGUGCAUUCGCGAGUGCUCUCAACGCUCUGGAGAAGAGCAUUCCUCGUGCCUUUAGCCUGCCUAAAAAGCUUCAGAAUCGAUUUGAGGGUGUCAAGGCCGGGGCUGAUGGAGACUACGAAGAGGUGACGAGCAAACAAAAGAAGCGUGCUGGUUAUGAUGAGCUGCCGGAUUUCUUCAAGCAACGUGAAGACGGAGAAGCUGUGUUAUGCCACGCCUGUCAAAAACCAGCCACUGAGAUUCGAGCCAUCAUCCCUUGCAGCGCCUGUCCAUUCCAUUGGCACAUUGACUGCCUCGACCCCCCACUGGCCAUGCCCCCCGUCCUGAAGACUUGGCGAUGUCCAGCCCACGUCGAUGAUGUGUUGGGAGAUGUGCCACCUCUGGCGCCAGCGCAUCGCUUCCGCAGAGUUAAAGGCGGUCAAAUCAUUACGCCGGCUUUCUCCCGCGGAAUCAGGAACAACGGCCACAUCGAACUUGAUUGGGCCGACGACCCCGAGGAAUCUGAUAAGUCGGGCUGGCGUGACCCCGACUCGUUUGGCAAAACAUACAGGCUACAGGCCAAGGGAGUUGUUCUUGACUUCAUCGAGCAGCUACGGCAUCGUGGUGCUGGAUAUGGCCCGCGUCAUGACGAAUUGCGGUGGAUGUCGUAUGCACCUCCGGCCCCAUCCAUGAGCGGUGCAGGCGGUCUGCUUCUCGGGUCUGCUUACGACCGCAAGGUGAACGAGAUGCAAGCAUCUCUAAACCUAUUGGGCCUCAAGCAGAGUCGGUCCGAGAAUAUCGAUCAGCUUACGGCUGCUCUUCUGUCUGCUGCCGAUGACAGCGUCUUAGCCCUGAUAGCAAAGGGCAAUGCGGACAACAUCGCCUCUGGCCACCUAGUUCAAGAUGACAGAAUGAGUCUUCGUGCCAUGCUGGCACAAAUGAACGCCAUGGGUGAUAGGAUUCGCCAUCUCCUGGGCGAUGAAGCCCCGCCAACAGCAGUGGAUCACAAGGCUACCGAUGCGGGCUCGCCUAUCACCGAUGCUUCCGGCGUGGAUACAUUUCCAGAGAAGACAGAACCAAAUGCCCCCGUUACGGAACCUACGCCACCCUCGACCGUGGAUCAUGGGGAGGGCACUAUGGAACUCGACUGA